AUGUUACCUCUUAUUCCCCUGUUGGCUAGCAUCGCGCCCGUGGCCGCGACGGCUGCAGGUCCCGCAGCUUGCGCGAAAAUCACUACCCAACUUGGUUCUUCCAAAGUCGUCAGUAGCGAGCUUAGUCUGAGUUAUAUCGAGAGCAUUGAAUACUGGAGCACCCUCCAGGAUGCCUAUAAGCCAUCCUGCGUGGUUUAUCCCAAAUCUGCUCAGGAUGUUUCCAUUGUCCUUCAGGCAGUUCGAGCCGCGGACAGUCGUUUUGCCAUAAAGGCUGGCGGCCACAAUCCGAACACCUUCUAUUCAUCUGUCGACAAAGGUGUACUUCUCGAUAUGAGCAGCAUGACCGAAAAGUCGUACGACCCGGAUACUACUCUGGCUACAUAUGGGCCUGGUGGUGUAUUUGGCGACAUCUACGAGUACUUUGCGGAUUAUAAUCGUACUGUGGUCGGCGCGCGACUUGCUGGCGUCGGAACCGGUCUGGCCCUGGGCGGAGGUAUGAGCUACCUUUCGCCUCAAUACGGUUUAGCUUGUGAUUCCUUCCGCGAGCUGGAGAUAGUUCUACCCUCUGGGGAGAUCGUGAUAGCCUCUAACAAGUCCAACCCCGAUCUGUACUUCGCUUCUCGAGGCGGCGGCGGAAAUGCGUAUGGAGUGGUGACCAAAUACACCGUUCAGAGCCGGCCUUCGGGUGAAUUCUGGGCUGGCAACCUCAUCUACACCUUCCCUCAAAAGGACAAUGUCAUUGAAGCGAUCGGAAACUUCAUUCAGUACAACACCGAUCCCAAGGCGGCUAUUAUUGGUACCUAUGAAAAGCUGGGGACGCCUGAUCUGAACUUGAACCUGGAUGAGGCCAUCAUCAUGUUCCUGGUCUACGAUGGCCCAGACCCGGGUGAUGCUUUCUCUAACUUUACCAGCAUCACUCCUCUCCUUGACACUACCGGUAUCAAGACCUACCUUGAGGUAGUGAACAUGCCUAUCCCUAUGUCCACCGAGAUUUCCCGCGGAGCCAACAUAUUCCGCGUCGGAGUCCACCGCCCAGGCGAUGGAUCCUAUGAGAACGCAUUGGAUAUAUGGCGUGAUUGGGCUGAGACCAACAAGGGCAGAUACACCCUCCUCUCCCUCGAUUUCCAGCCCGUUCCCAAGAGUUUGACGGAUGCUAGCAACGCCCAGGGCGGCAAUGCGAUGCAAAUGCCUGACGGUCCCUGGUUCUGGUUAAAUUACUUGAUUACAACACCGCCUGGUAUGAGCGAAGCAGAUUUCAAUGCCGUUCAGGCCAGUUAUCGGGAUAUGGUUAAGUCAAGUGGGAAUGCUGAGGGUCUUCCUUUGUUCAUUAAUGAUGCAAAUUAUGAUCAGAACCCUCUGCAGACAUUCUCGGCUUUUGCAAAGUUGCAGGAGAUCAAGAAGAGAUAUGACCCGGAUAACUUCUUUGCGGAUAAGACUGGUGGUUGGUCGUUUGAGUAG